CUUUCUUUUUCCCUCCGAGACACACACGGUACCAACAGCAAGACUAUCUCCAGCAAAAAUGGCGAACGUGCCGAGCCACGGACUGAGGCACGUGACUGCCAUUCGCCCGUGGCUCCCGACCUUCCGUCGCUCCACCUCCCUGACCAUCAUGCGCCCGUGGCUCCCCACCUUCCGUCGCUCCACCUCCCUGGCUUCUCUCUCCUCCUCUUACACCGAAGACUCGGAGCACGCCCAGCCCAAAAGCGGCGACAAGCCCAACUCGUACUUCCCGAAGCGAGGGCAGACUUUCGAGCUGGUGUGCGAGUCUCUGGCUUUCAAAGGGAAAGGUCUAUGCAAGGUGGCAGAGACUGGGUUCGUCGUCAUGUGCGACCGCGCGCUGCCCGGCGAGCGGUUCGUAGGGAGGGUUACUCGCCGGAAAGGGACCUAUGCUGAGGUGACAAAGGUCGAGACAAUUUCUCCUCCUUGGGACUUUGUGGACGCUCCUUGUGAGUAUGCUUCUUACUGUGGUGGAUGUAAAACACAAAAUUUGAUUUAUGAGGCACAAGUCAAAGCUAAGGAGCAGCAAGUUCAUGAGUUGAUUAUAAACUUUGGAAAGUUUUCUCACACAGAACUGGAAUCUCUAAGCAUCAUGAAGCCCAUCGUUCCCUGUGAAAUCCAGUUUCAUUACAGGAAUAAGAUGGAGUUCUCAUUUGGUUCUCAAAAAUGGUUACCCAAGGAAAAAUUGAUGGAGAGACAAGAUGGAAUUGAGAACUAUGCCCUGGGAUUGCAUGCUCCUGGAUUCUUCGAUAAGGUUCUGAAUGUUGACAAGUGCUUAUUGCAAAGUGAGCCGGCGAAUAUGGUUCUUGCUGCAGUCCAAGACUGUUGGAGAGAUCCACAAUUAGGUCUCUCUCCUUAUGACGUUUACUCUCAUGUUGGAUUUCUUAAGCAUCUAAUGCUAAGAACUGGAAGGAAUGCGGAGACUGGUCUUCCUGAACUUAUGGUUAAUUUUGUGACCUCAUCUUACAAGCCAGAGCUGCUUAAGCCUCUUCUUGAAAAGAUAUCAGCUAUCCCUGAAGUGGUAAGUGUCAUGAACAAUAUAAAUAGUUCUGUUGGUAACACAUCUCUUGGGGAGGUGGAAUACAAUUUGUAUGGAAAAUCCAGCAUCACGGAGAACUUAAGAGGGCUAACGUUUCAAAUAUCAGCAAACUCAUUCUUCCAAACAAAUACUCACCAGGCAGAGGUUUUAUAUGAACUCAUAGAAGAUUGUGCUGGUCUCAGAGGAGAUGGCUCAGAGAUUAUUCUUGACCUGUUUUGUGGAACUGGCACCAUUGGGUUGACACUUGCCAGAAGGGCCAAACAUGUUUAUGGAUAUGAAAUAAUUCCUCAAGCCAUUGCAGAUGCUUGUCUAAAUGCCGAGCUGAAUGGCAUCCAGAAUGCCACAUUUGUCCAAGGGGAUCUUAACAAAAUUGAUGAAAGUUUUGGGAAAAAUUUUCCUAAGCCCGACAUAGUUAUUUCAGAUCCAAACCGUCCAGGAAUGCACAUGAAGUUGAUAAGAUAUCUUCUAAAGCUUAAGGCGCCACGGAUAGUUUAUGUAUCGUGUAAUCCUGCCACAUGUGCACGUGACCUUGAUUAUCUCUGUCAUGGUGUGACUGAGAAAGGUAUAGAAGGCUGUUAUAAGCUAAAGAGCGUACAGCCAGUAGACAUGUUCCCUCACACUCCUCAUAUCGAGUGUGUUUGCCUUUUGGAGCUUCGUUGACCCCCGGCCAGUUUCGGUUGUGAUCUUCAUGCCAAAGGAUUUUAAAAGCUUUGCCAGGGAACUGUGGUAACAGUUGUGAACGGGUUAAUUUUUAUGAGUUUCGUUUAGUUUAUCACCUCGGAGCGUGUCUAAGUUGUGGUGGUGAUGCUCGCUUUGGCUCUGGCUCUCUAUUGUGCGGACCGUAUCGUGAUGUCGGUGGCGAUUAUGCCAUUAUCUUCUGGGCUUUCUGGGAUUUUGGGAUGGUGGCUGGAACUAAAUGAGGCCUAAAGAGAAUUGUAGGGAGUAAGUGAAGAAUUUUGGUAAUGACAAGUUAUGAUUUUUUGUCUGCUUAUAGAAUGGAGAAGUUAAAUUUGAGAAGCUUAAGAUGCCAGAUCAAAAUCUUUGGCAGUCUUGGUAAUGAGAAUUUCUACAAUACUUUCUUUGAUGGUUGAAAUUGGUACCAUACGGAAUA